AUGAGCAAACCAGGCCUCUCGUUUGGUCUAAACCUGGCCAAGAAGCCCGGCGCAAAGCCAGCGCCCUCCAAACCAAAGCCGCGGACCGCUUUUGGCACCGCAUUCGGCGGUGCAGACGAAUCCGACUCGGAUCAUGACGAGCCGGAACAAAAUCCAUUCACCAAGCCAACCUCAAAACAAAAACACCGCGCCCCCGCGCCCCCGACCGCACCACCCAGGCCCAAGAAGCCUCAAACCUCCGUCUACGGUGACCUGUCCUCCGCCCUUGAGUCCCGCAAGAAUGCAGAAGCUGCCGAGGAGCUCGACCCCUCUGUCUACGAUUACGAUGGCGUCUACGACUCCAUGAAGCCCGAGAACAAGGCCACCCAACAAGACCAGGACCGCCGCCCAAAGUACAUGAAGAACCUCAUAGCUUCUGCCGCAGUCAGGAAGCGCGACGCCUUGAUCGCCGAGGAGAAAAAGAUUGCACGGGAGCGGGAGGCCGAGGGCGACGAAUUCGCGGAUAAGGACAAAUUCGUCACCGAAGCCUACAAGCAGCAACAGGAGGAGAAUCGCAAACUAGAAGAGGAAGAAAAGCGCCGCGAGGAAGACGAAGCGAAGAAGAACAAGGGUGGCGGCAUGGCCGCGUUUUACAAGGACAUGCUCAACAGGGGGGAUCAACGGCAUGCCGAAAUGAUGAAGGCCGCUGAAGAGCGGGCGAGGAAUGGGCCCCAGGAGACCGACAACCACGACGCGGGGGAGGAGAGGCCGGCAAGCACGGCGGAAAGGGCAAAGGAGAUCAAUGCGAAAGGCGGCUCCAUUGCAAUCAACGAGGAUGGAGAAGUGGUGGACAAGCGGGAACUCCUCAAGGGUGGCCUGAAUCUAGUCGCAAAGAAGAAGCCCGACGUUCGUCAGGAAGACCCAAGACCAGAACGGAGGGAAGACCGCGACGUGAGAGGCGCUUUCCAGCCCGGUGGCAAGCAGGCCAUGCGCGAACGACAAUCUCGCAUGAUGGAAGCGCAGCUGGCACAGGCACUCAAGAGAUCUCUAGAAGAGGAGGAAGAUGAGCGGCAGAAGGUCGAGCGCGCCUCGAAAAGCCGAAAGACCGAAUCAGAUAUUUCGAGUGCCAAGGAACGGUAUUUGGCCCGAAAAAGGGCUGCCGAAGAGGCAAAAAAGAUGGGCUCUUAG